ACCUAUAGCUGCUUCCCUAGAGUUUAAACAAAUGGUGAAAGCCUUGCAUAAUGCUGGAAUUGAGGUCAUUUUGGAUGUGGCCUAUAACCAUACUAAUGAAGCUGAUGAUAAUCAUCCUUAUACCACUUCUUUUUGUGGCAUAGACAAUAAGGUUUAUUACAUGCUCGAUGUUGACAACAAUUCUCAAUUGCUUAAUUUCUCUGGAUGUGGUACUUCCAAUCAUUCCCUUCAAUUUGUCCAGCCUUUUCCAUCAAAGUUCUUUCUUAUGACAUCUUUUAAAGCCAACUCUGUUAAUGUACUAUUAAGCUUCAUUUGUGAAUUUUAUUUGGAGUUCCCAGUAGGGACAACAUGCUAAUCCAUGAUGUAUAUCUUUGAGAAAUGUAGGGAAGCACCAAAAUAGGUAGCUGUGAAUGCACCACAUGAUUGGCUAUUUACAAGAAGGUCCACCUGUUAGUGGAAAAGUAGCUGAUAUCAUGUUGGUGGACCCCUUGUUACUACUCACUAGCCAAUAAAGGGCAAAGGGCAUCUUUAUAACACUUUCUUGUAUCAUUAAACGCUGAUCUGCAAAAUGAUGCCCCAUCUUAGAGCAAAUAUCCCUGGUAUUUCAGAAACAUAGUGAGGCAUCUCAAUGCCCAAAUCAAUAGUCCAUUUGAUGUACAUUUCAGCCAGGGCUUGAGGUUUUUCAACAGCCUUGAAAAGCUUGGGGUAAGAUCCUAUUGAACCAAAAUAUUGGUUAUGCAGCCGUGCCUGACUUUGAAUCUCUAAUUCUGGGUGACCUCACAA